GUGCUUUUAGGGGAUCCACUUCAUUUCUUUUUAUUUCAUCAGCCAGCAAUGAACUCGUUGAGCACAGCCAUGUUGCUACCAAUAUUUCUCAUCUCUAUCCUGGCAUCCAUAAAUGCUAAUUUGUUAGAUGAUCUAAUAGAUAACAUACAGAAAUUAAAUUUAUUAGAACAGAUACCAGAACUUCCAAAUCAGUUACCUACAGCUCCUGAGGAUGCAAAACUUACCACGAUGGAAUUGAUAAGCAAAUACGGCUACAAUGGAGAGAUGCAUAAAGUAACUACUUCCGAUGGUUACACUUUAGAACUACAUCGGAUAACAGGACCAGCUACCGAAUCGAAUUCUACCAAAUCAAAUGUGCAAAAACCUAUUGUGUUUGUGAUGCACGGCAUUAUGUGUAACUCAGCGGCUUUUACUAUUUCUGGUCGUGAGAAAAGUUUAGCGUUUAUUCUGGCGGAUGAAGGUUAUGACGUGUGGCUCGGUAAUGCACGUGGCAGUACAUAUGCUCGUAAUCACACAGAUAGCAAAAUUAAGAAAAAAGACUAUUGGAACUUUAGUUGGCAUGAGAUCGGUACAAUUGAUCUUCCAGCGACGAUAGACCACAUUGUGAAGACUACUGGCCUUAAAAAAAUGUUCUACAUAGGACAUAGUCAAGGCACUACUGCCUUUUUCGUUAUGGCGACAGAACUACCUGAAUAUCAGAAGUACAUCGAGGAGGCGUACAUUAUGGCUCCGAUUGUUUACUCUGGCAGGAUGAAAAGUCCUCUUUUGCAACUAAUGUCACAGUUCUCGCUUUUCGGGGAGUAUUUAUGGAAAUUAGUCGGUUUCUACGAAUUCAAUCUUGACAACGACAUCGUAAAAGGAGCUGCACAGCUAAUAUGCUCAGAGAAAGCUAUUACCCAACCGAUAUGUUCGAAUGUAAUGUUCCUACUGACUGGAUUCAACCCUGAACAACUUGAUCCGGCUCUUAUACCGGUGAUCUUAGGACAUGCUCCUGCUAGUACAUCCGCAAAGCAACUUAUGCAUUAUGCGCAACUCAUCAAAACUGGAAGGAUGAUUUCACCGGGAAGAUUUCAAAAGUACGAUUAUGGAUUAAUCGGUAAUAAAAAAUUAUACGACUCAUUAAGUCCAGCGAAAUAUGAUUUGAGCAAGGUCAAAGUUCCAGUUCACUUAUAUUACAGUGAAAACGAUUGGUUAUCGAAUGUCAAGGAUGUAGAAAAGUUGUACAGCGAGCUGAGCAAUCCUUCCGGGAAAACCUUAAUAGCGAACAAGAAAUUUAAUCAUGUAGACUACAUAUGGGCUAAGGAUGUGAAGACGCUUGUAUAUGACCAAAUACUCGGUGAAAUGAAGAAGAGAAUGUUAUGAAA